AUGUGAUUAUUUUUCAGGAUGGAGGAGCUAAGUCUUGAGGUGAAUAUGCCUGUGGCUGAGCUGAUUGCCAUCAAAUUCAGCCUCAUGACCAGUUCAGAUAUGGAAAAGUUAAGUAGUGCGAGUAUUAUUGAAAUGUGCGAUGUGACUAAUGCCAAGUUAGGAUUACCAAAUGGUGCACCACAGUGUGCAACCUGUGGAUCACAAAGUGUGCGUGACUGUGAUGGUCAUUUUGGUGUUAUUAAACUGGCAGCAACUGUCCACAAUCCAUAUUUUAUUGAAGAAGUUGUACAUUUGCUGAAUCAGAUAUGUCCUGGCUGUCUCACUCUGAAGCAAAAUGGGGACAUGAAGAGGGCUGAUGGAAUAACAAUUCAAGCAACUUGCAAGUAUUGCUCGAAGGAUGGAGCAAAACUUUACCCUAGUAUAAUCUUUAAGAUGCUAACAAGUCCAAGAGUGACACUCUCCAGGAGUAAACUUCACCGUAAUACUAGUGUGAUAGACAAAAUGUCAAUUAUUGCAGAAGUUGCUAGCAGGGUGACACAUAACUCCAAGAACAAAGCUCCCGAAACCCUUCCACAUGAUUUCUGGGAUUUCAUACCUGAUGAGAACCAACCAUCUCAAUCCAAUGUGACCAAGAAAAUAUUGUCUCCAUACCAAGUUUUUCACAUGCUAAAAAAGCUUGAUCCUGAACUUAUCAGUCAUGUUACUCCAAGGCGGGAGCUAUUGUUCCUGUCAUGUUUACCGGUGACUCCUAACUGUCAUCGUGUUGCAGAGAUGCCAUAUGGACAUUCAGAUGGCCCCCGGUUAGCUUUUGAUGACCGGACAAAAGCUUAUAAGAGGAUGGUUGAUGUGAGUAGGAGAAUUGAUGAUUACCGUCAGCAUCCACAGUUCGGUGUUUUUGCAAGUUCAGUUGUCACAAGUCGUGUUAUGGAGUGCAUGAAAUCAUCCAAGUUAUAUGCAAAGAAGUCAGAUGGUGAAUCCUCUACAUCUACAGAUACAUAUGGAACCAAAUGGCUAAAAGACAUCAUUCUCAGCAAAAGAUCUGACAAUGCAUUUCGGAGUAUAAUGGUCGGGGAUCCAAAAAUUAGUUUAAAUGAAAUUGGUAUUCCUAUGGAUUUAGCCUUGAACUUGGUUGUUUCUGAGCAAGUUAGUUAUUACAACUUUGAAACCAUAAAUUUGAAGUGCAACUUGCACCUUCUUACUAAGGAAGUACUGCUUGUCCGCCGAAAUGGGAAGCUUAUUUUUGUUCGCAAGGCAAACAAGCUACAAAUUGGUGAUAUUGCCUAUAGAUUAUUACAGGAUGGUGAUCUUGUUCUUGUAAAUAGGCCACCUUCAGUUCAUCAACAUUCUCUGGUUGCUCUAUCUGCAAAACUUCUUCCAGUUCACUCUGCCGUGUCAAUUAAUCCACUAUGUUGUGAUCCUUUCAAGGGAGACUUUGAUGGGGACUGUUUGCAUGGAUAUGUACCCCAGUCUAUACAAUCAAGAGUUGAGCUUGAAGAGUUAGUUGGUUUAAACCGCCAACUGUUGAAUGCACAAGAUGGGCGAAGUUUGGUGUCAUUAACACAUGACUCCCUAGCUGCUGCACAUCAGUUAACAAGUGCAGAUAUUUUAUUGCAGAAAGCUGAAUUUCAGCAACUUCAGAUGUUAUGUUCUUCUAUAUCAUCGACACCUAUGCCAUCAGUAAUUAAAUCUGCAAACUCUCAAGGUCCUCUUUGGACUGGUAAGCAGCUGUUUGGCUUGCUGCUACCUUCUGGUAUGAAUAUCAGUUUUGAUCAGAACCUUCACAUCAAAGACAGUGAAGUGCUUACCUGCUCAUCAGGAUCUUUAUGGCUACAGAAUAACACAUCUAGCCUUUUCUCUGUCAUGUUCAAAGAGUAUGGUCGUAAGGCUCUUCAGUUCCUUUCUUCCACCCAGGAUGUACUAUGUGAAUUCUUAACCAUCAGGGGUUUAAGUGUCUCCCUUUCAGAUCUUUAUCUGUUCUCAGAUCAUUACUCGAGGAGAAAACUGAGUGAGGAAGUUCAUCUGGCAUUGGAUGAAGCAGAAGAAGCUUUUCAAAUCAAGCAAAUAUUACUAAAUCCGGUUUCUAUACCAAAUCUGAAGUAUUAUGAUGGAGCUGAUGAUCUAUCAAACUCUUAUGGCCAAUCUGAUUUUACUCAGGCCAGUCCGUCUAUCAUCAAAUCGUCAAUUACAUCAUUUAAGAGUAUCUUCAAUGAUCUGUUGAAAAUGGUGCAGCAUCAUGUGAGUAAAGAUAAUUCAAUGAUGGCAAUGAUUAACUCAGGAAGCAAAGGUAGCAUCCCGAAGUUUGUCCAACAGACUGCAUGUGUUGGUCUUCAACUUCCAGCAAGUAAAUUUCCCUUCAAAAUUCCUUCAAUACUGUCUUGUGUUUCCUGGAAUAGACAUAAAUCUCUCGAUUAUGAAAUCACUGACUACACCAUUGAAUCUAUGGGAGGACAAAGCAUGUAUGCUGUGAUCAGAAAUUCUUUUCUUGAUGGACUAAAUCCGUUAGAAUGUCUACUACAUGCCAUAUCUGGCAGAGCAAAUUUCUUUAGCGAAAAUGCUGAUGUUCCUGGGACUUUGACAAGGAAACUAAUGUAUCACUUGAGAGAUACGUAUAUAGCUUAUGAUGGGACUGUUAGAAGUUCUUAUGGCCAGCAAAUAGUGCAGUUUUCGUAUGAUACUUCUGAUGGCAUGUACAUUGAACAUGAUAUUGAAGGUGAACCUGGGACCCCUGUUGGCUCUUGGGCUGCUUGUUCCAUUUCAGAAGCUGCCUAUGGAGCUUUGGAUCACCCCGUUAAUGGUUUAGAGGAUUCCCCUCUUAUGAACCUGCAGGAAGUUUUGAAGUGCCACAAGGGUACAAAUUCUGUGGAUCAUACUGGUUUGCUUUUCCUGUCAAAGCAUCUAAGGAAGUAUAGAUACGGUUUUGAGUAUGCAUCACUAGAAGUUAAGGAUCAUCUAGAACGAGUGGACUUUUCUGAUUUGGUUGACACGGUUAUGAUUUUAUAUGGUGGCUCUGAUAUACAGAAAUCAAAAGGAAAUCCAUGGGUCACUCAUUUUCAUUUAAACCAGGAAGCAAUGAAGAUAAAAAGGUUAGGACUGGGAUAUGUUGUAAGAGAGCUUAUUGACCAAUACAACGCCUUAAGAAAACAGUUGAACAAUACGAUCCCUUCAGUUUGCAUUUUGAGCAGCAAAUGUUCUGUAGGAAAUGGAUGUGUAAAGAAUCAGGCCUGUUGCGUCACUAUGGUAGUACAGGUGGAAUCCAACUCCACUUCUCAAUUGACCAUUAUCAAGGAAAGGGUGAUUCCGAGCAUCCUGGCCACACUAUUGAAAGGGUUUUUGGAAUUUAAGAAUGUUAAGGUCCAGUGUCAACAGGAUAGUGAACUUGUUGUGAGAGUCGAUAUGUCUGAGCACUGCAAGAGCGGGAAGUUCUGGGCUACCCUACAAAACGCUUGCAUCCCAAUAAUGGAGUUGAUUGAUUGGGAACGGAGCCGGCCAGAGAGAUUAUAUGAUGUUUUCUGCUCAUAUGGCAUAGACUCAGCAUGGAAAUUCUUUGUUGAAUCUUUAAGAUCAACAACAGAUGCUAUUGGAAGGAAUAUCCGUCGACAGCAUUUGCUGGUUGUGGCAGACUGCCUAUCUGUAAGUGGGCAGUUCCAUGGGCUAAGCAGUCAAGGUUUAAAGCAGCAAAGGACUAGUUUAUCAAUCUCCUCCCCAUUUUCUGAAGCAUGCUUUUCUAGGCCUGCACAUAGUUUUAUAAAUGCUGCCAAGAAAGAUUCAGUGGACAAGCUCUCUGGCACUCUAGAUGCAAUUGCCUGGGGCAAAGAACCUUGUACUGGGACAUCAGGUCCUUUCAAGAUUCUAUAUUCUGGGAAGUCACAUGAGACAAAACAAAAGGAGAACAUCUAUAACUUUCUACAUAACCCUGAAAUUCAGGCUUUUGAAAAGAAUCUUAUGGAUACCCACAGAAAAAGGACUGAAAAAACUUCCAAGUGGAGAUCAGCACUCAAUUCUGAAGGCAUCACUACGAUCAAUGGUGGCUCCAUAUCUGUUAAUCAGAAGUUUCUUGGUGCUAAAGUUGGUAUUUGGGAGAACAUCAUUGACAUGCGCACUUGCUUGCAAAAUAUGCUACGAGAGUACACAUUAAAUGAUAUUGUCACAGAACAAGAUAAAUCAUGCUUAAUAGAGGCCUUGAAAUUUCAUCCCAGAGGGUUUGACAAGAUUGGUGCGGGAAUAAGAGAAAUCAAGAUCGGAGUGAAUCCUGGUCACCCGAACUCAAGGUGCUUCAUUGUACUAAGAAAUGAUGAUACUACGGCAGACUUCUCUUACAACAAGUGUGUUCUUGGUGCUGCAAAUUCUGUGUCCCCUGAACUUGGUAGUUAUAUAGAGAAGAUACUAUCAAAUAGAGCAAUCCGGUCACACCAGUUGUAGGGACUCUACACGAAUCAAGACCGGGAUGUGUGUCAACUCACCUCUCACCUCGAGGUACACUUGGCCGACCUGAGCUAUGGCACAUGUGGCUACAGUAACCUUCAUUUUGCUUCCGAGGACAGGUAGUGGCACGAAGUGCAAUAGGCGCUGUCGUUAUCCUUGAGCCAUCUGUGCUAUUGUAAAUGAAAACGAGGAUUCGUGAUCCACAUUCGAAAUGAAAAUCCCCAAAAUUUGGUUGUUUAGUUUAGCUAGUGAACGUGACAUUUCCGGAGGGGCAUUUUUGUUUACUUUCCCUCGCGAAUGCGAUUUGUUCGUGAAUCGGUGAAUGUAUAUAGUGACUAUUGGCCACAUCAAUCUCAAAUGGUCGGAGUAACGUCGCUAAACAAUUUUGUUAUGCUGAGGGGAUUCCCCCUUGGAGGUUUUAUUUUGUUUUUAUGUUUGGAAGAAU